AUGUUUCGCGCACAACAGAACGCCUUCGACGAUGCAGUCGCCAAGGCGACUGAUGAGAACUUGACCUCCGAAAAUUGGGAAUUUAUUCUUGAUGUAUGCGAUAAGGUCGCUGCUGAAGAGUCUGGUGCAAAAGAUGCAGUCGCUGCUUUGAUCAAAAGACUGGCACAUAGGAACGCUAAUGUGCAGCUCUAUACUCUAGAGUUGGGCAACGCGUUGGCGCAAAACUGUGGCCCAAAGAUACAUCGCGAACUGGCGUCCAGAAGCUUCACAGAUGCUCUUUUGCGCCUUGCGGCUGAUCGGAACACGCAUCAGCAGGUGAAAUCCAAGAUCCUGGAACGUAUGCAGGAAUGGACGGAAAUGUUCGCUAGUAACCCGGAUUUCGGGAUCAUGGAACAAGCCUAUAUGAAGUUAAAGACCCAGAACCCCAACCUACAACCUCCAUCGAAGCCUGGCAAAAGGGAAAUCACCGAUGUAGACCGUCAAAAAGAAGAGGAGGAAUUGCAGAUGGCCCUCGCACUUUCUAUCAGAGAGAAACCUUCUACUGCUCCCGAGCCUAAGGCUGAAUCUAGCAAUGCUGCCGGGGCUCCCACAAACCAUGCACAGCCAGUGCAAUCCCAGGCAGUUCCCUCGGGUACCUCUGCUGCUACUGUCUCACGGGUCAGAGCACUCUUCGAUUUCCAACCGUCAGAGCCCGGUGAAUUACAGUUCCGCCAAGGAGAUGUCAUUGCCGUCCUUGAAUCGGUUUAUAAGGACUGGUGGAAGGGUUCCCUGAGAGGCCAAACUGGAAUCUUCCCUCUGAACUAUGUCGAGAAGCUUCCUGAUCCUACGGCCGAGGAGCUUCAACGUGAAGCUCAUAUGGAGUCCGAGGUGUUCGGCCAGAUCAAAAAUGUCGAGAAGCUGUUAACACUUCUGAGCACUCGCAACUCAGACUUGAAUGUGCAAGAUAACGAAGAAAUCACCACUUUGUACCACUCAACCUUGGCGAUUCGCCCGAAGCUGAUUGAACUUAUUGGCAAAUAUUCACAAAAGAAGGAUGAAUUCACUCAACUCAAUGAAAAGUUUAUCAAAGCUCGGAGGGACUAUGAAUCUCUUUUAGAAGCUUCAAUGUCUCACCCUGCGCAGCCCCAGUAUUCCCGUCCCGGCCAGCCUCAGCCGCAGCCUCAGUAUGGGUAUCCUGGAUCGGGAGCGCCUAUGAGUUAUCCUCAAGGACCGCCACCCCAGCAUGACCCCCAAAGAUACUUCAGUCCCCGUCCUCAAGAGAAUCAGUCCCUUCAGCCUAACACCUCUUACUACCCCCCCACUUCCCAAUCGCCUGGACCAGGCCACACGCCUCCUGCUGCGGCAUACCAACAGCAGCAGCAGCAGCAGCAGCCUCCUGCGGGAGACUCCUACCAACCAGUUCAUCAUCGCCCCGAAUCGACAUACGAGAACCCGCAAGAGCUAGGAACAUCGGUGUAUGACUCACCUGUCGAGCAUCCAUCUAACCAUCGACCACAGUAUCCACCGCAACAGCCGCAACAAACACCGCAACAAGAGUACUCGUCUUACCCUCCUGACGAUGCAUCCGGCCCUCCUGGUGGCGAAAACCUUGUGAACCAAGCGCCUACCCCUUAUCCUUCCGCUCCCGCAAGUCACCCACAGGCACCCAUGCAUCAACCUCCUCCAGUCCCUGGUGCCGCGCAGAAUCCCACUCCGUAUCCCUCACUGAGUCCCGCUGGAGCAAACUACCAAGCUUACCAACCGUCACAAGCUGGUAUGCCGAAUGCCAACCCAGCUUCAUACUACCGGUAA